AUGGAUAUUGCCACAACUGUCGAUUCAAGGCCAACACUGACCCUGCAGCAGGCAACAAAACUGGUACUGCAGCUAUAUGGAGUGAAAGUAAUGGAAAUCUCCACCCUACCAAGUUAUAUUGACCAGAACUUCCUUGUGGUGGACAAGGAGGGCACCAAAAAUGUCCUGAAGAUUGUGAAUUCAGAAGAGAGCAAGAACACCAUCUUGCUGGAGGUGCAGACUCUUGCUAUGUACCUUCUAUGCCAGUAUGGAGUGCCUGCUCAGACAGUUCUGCCCACCACCACAGGGCAGCUCAUGAGUAUGGAAGAAAUAGACUGUGGACAUGGUGCUCAGAUCUACUGUGUGAGGUUGCUGACCUAUCUCCCUGGAAAAACCAUUGCAGAAUCUCCGGUCACACUGCAAGAUCUUUAUUAUUUUGGCAAGAUGGCAGCCACCAUUGAUAACACAUUACAACAGCUGGUUUCUCCAAAUCUUGAUGUCCUACAAAAAGAAGAUGCACCUUGGAGCUUACUCAACAUUCAUCUCCUGGAGGACUACCUAUCAGUGAUAGACGGAGAUCCCCUGCAGGAAGUGGUCAAAGCAGUCAUUGAACAGUACAAAUCAUCCGUACAGCCCAAAAUCAACUCUUUUCGAAAAGGAAUAAUACAUGGGGAUUUAAAUGACAGGAACAUCAUUGUCACUCCGCUUGGCAACGGGCAUCAUGAAGUGUCAGGCAUCCUGGACUUUUCUCUGCUCUCGAAUGACUGCUAUGUGUGUGAAGUGGCAAUAGAAAUCAUGUACUUGAUGCUGGAGCACCCCAGUCCUUUGGAUGUAGGUGGAGCAGUGUUAGCAGGCUGGGAGAGCAUUAUGGUGCUCAGUGAAUAUGAAAGGGAUUCCCUCUUCCUGCUGGUGCUCGGUCGGUUUUGCCAGUCUUUAGUUUAUGGACGGUACAAUGUCCAAAAAUACCCAGACAACAAGAAAUAUCUCAUGACUACAGCCAAAAGUGGGACACGGCUUCUUAACAAACUCUGGGAGCUUGGCAAGGAAGAGGUAGAAAAGAAAUGGUUCCAUGAUGCCAGCACAUACUCAGGCAAAUUAUAAAGAAGUGUUUAUCAAGGGAUGAGUUUGUAAGAGAAUUAACAUUUACAUUUACAAAGAAUGUUUGGAUUGCAGCUUUUUAAAAUGUUAAGAGUCCACUAGAUGGAGACAUCAUCCCACUUAUCCCAUAUCCUGUAUAAAAGGCCUCUUUUGUGAAUCAGUCAUUCACACUCACAUUCAGGCUUAAAAACCUUCUAAUCCGAACAGCUGAUUGAGACAACUAUAAUAUGUUUCUAGGAAUUUCUGCAUAAAAUGUGCAGUUCAUGGAGAAUUUCAACUACAAGUGGGCAGAUUAACAUUGUACUGUGAGUGAGAAGAUGUUCACUCAGCUUCUUUUACCAAAUUAAGACUAAAUAAAUGAGGAAACGAUGAUCCAUAAGACAAGAUCUGGCUCUGAAUUUAAUGCCAGUCCCAUAAUCCUUAGUAACCCAGCUGAUCAGAGAGAAAUACACAAGUUCAGAUAAAAACGGUCAAAGUAGCAGGAACAAUUUUUCCUUUUACUCUCACCUCCAUGUGCUGUUGCACUCAAAACA